AUGUCUGCGCCACAGCCAAAAACAGAGAAGACCUAUUCCGUCAACGUCCGAAUCGGUGAAAACCACGGAAUCACAAUCAAAAAAGAAGACAACUCACUUGCCAAAGUCUCCAAUGUCUCUCUCUCCAAGAAUACCAAUGCCUGGCUCAAACUCAAGCGAGAAGAUAAAGUCCUCCGAAUCGACGACAAGCCCGUGUGGAACAUGACCGAAGAGCAGAUCAACGCCCUCCUCGUCUCCAAGCUCGGCAAGGUCAACAUGGUCGUCCGAAGAGGCUCCGUUUGA